AUGCGAAUACUGUUCCACAGUGAAAACUAUGCCAACUACGAAGAUUCCGGUGUCGCCACCAGUGCGGACGCCCACUCGUUGGUGUUCGACGAACCCAACACACCACCGCCGACCACCGGGGGGAAAUGUUCCGCCCCGGCUGGCCCGGUUGCAUUGGCUGCAGCCUCCGUCAGCGGAUCGGUGGCGUCGGCCGGCAACAAAGGGCCAUCAGCGGCGGGCACGGCACAAUCGUCGACGUCAGCUCUGUCGCCUGUUCCUACCGGACAACCGCGUGCCUCGAGUCGACUGUCAAACACCAGCACCAGCACGAUUAAACAGCACUACUACCCGGAAGGGGGUUGGGGAUGGAUUAUCAUCGUUGUCGCAAUCAUGGUGCACGUGUUGACCCAUGGAUUGCACACAGCCGUUGGUGUGAUAAUCGUUGCGACAGGCCGCCGUUUUCGGAUCGACAGUUUUAUCGAUACAGGUUGGCUCGGUGCACUCUCGACGGCGGUGGCCCUCUUCAUCUCGCCAAUUACGAUUGCCGUGUGCAAGCGGAAAUCCACCCGACUGACGGCGGUCAUCGGCGGACUGGUGACGGCACUGGGAUGUCUUUUCACCUCAUUCGCUUCACAGUUUCAUCAACUAUUUUUCAGUUACGGUGCCGUCGUUGGUGUUGGCGUCGGAAUGACUCGAGACUGUUCGACGCUGAUGGUGGCCCAGUAUUUCAAGAGGCGACGGGAGUUUGUCGAAAUCUUUAUUGUGUCCGGCAGUGGUCUCGGGAUUGCGAUCAUGUCCACUUUUAUCAAGUGUGCAAUCGAUGCCAUCGGCUGGCGGCUGGGACUACAGGCAGUCACCGGAACCGUGUUCGUUACGUUCAUCCUGGGCACGUGCUACCGCAGUGCGUCCCUGUACCAUCCGCAGCGAAGGGCGAUUUUGCACCUCAAAAAUCAGAAGCGCAAGAUCAAGGACAAAAACAAACACGACGAUCGACCACCGUUUUUCGAUUUUAGCACGCUGCGAAGCAAAACGGUACGGAUACUACUUGCGUCCACGGGAAUUAGCGCCUUUGGAAUUAAUACUCCCAUCUUCUACCUCGCACACCAAGUUGAAAUGGACGGUAUAGGCGACAAGGUGAUGAUUCUGCAGACUUACCUCGGUCUUGCCUGGACGCUGGGUUGCGCCGCGUUUGGAAUGCUAGUCGUUAGAAAUAGUGUCGAGUGUCGCAUUGCGCGACAGUAUCUGUGCCAAACUGCCACACUGAUGUGUGGUUUGUGUAUCCUAGCGCUGACGGCCGUACAUGGCAACUACCACGGCUAUGUUAUGUUCGUCUGGAUCUACGGUAUAUUCUGCGGUGGCUAUCACUACUCGCUGAAAAUGUACACGUACGAGAAGGUUCGAGCCCGAAAUUUCGCUCGGGCCUGGGGUUUCGUGCAGUUCUCGCAGGCCAUUCCGAUUGCACUGGGCGUGCCAAUCUCAGGAUACAUGAACGAAAGUGGAUCGGGUAAUGCCGGUUACUACUUCAGCUCGGCAUGUACCGUCAUCGGCAGUCUGAUGAUGUUCCUGAUCGAUCUGCAUCGGAGAAAUGUUUCCAGGCAUAAACACACCAGAGCCAACGGAACCCGUCAUCUGUGCGUUUCGGAAACGUGCCCUCAACGCAGAAAGCUAUCCUUCUCUCAGGAACCGGACAACGAACCGGGAAUCAUCACUGGAAACACGGCCAUGAUGAUUGGACCGGAGCUGCUGAUUCCCCAGCUGAGUGAUGGCGCUGCAGAACCGAUCAACGGACUGGACAAACCAGAGCUAACCUGCAUCUCGGAGGAGGGCAUUGCCGAUAUGGAUCUUCCCGACAACCUGCUCGACGACCUGGACUACGUUGGUGAUUGUAUCACCUCCUGCAAUAAGGUGGAAAACUACCUGAUGCUAAGCGAGUACGAGAACAAUCUAAGUGCCGAAGUUCCUAUUCUUUUGGACAAACGAGGUCGCCGGCUUUCACUGUCCAAAACCAAAGCGCUUCUUGCGAACCAGCUGAACAUGCAACACUACCCGGACUGUGCGGCGCUGGAGCAGUUGAAUCGCAGUGCCAAUCCACCUCCUCCGAUUUCACCGAUUUUGGAACACGGAACGCAUCAGCAUCAGCACCAGCACCAUCAUCAUCACAGCCAACAACAACAACAGCAACAACAUCCGCAUGACUGUACCGGCGAAAGUGAAGCAGAUGGUACUGCUAAAACCGCAAACCCGACGGCAAAGUGUGACAACCUCAACAACGGCGGCAAACCGUGCCGCUUGAAUCACAAGUGGCGUCCAACGCCAGCGGCCGGGACGUUCCUCAGCAAUCGAGUGAUAUCUGUGAUCGAUGAAGCCUCCGUGUAG